AUGAGCGGCGUCAUGAGCGCGAUGAGGCGGUUAGCGAUUCUUGUCGCGACCCAGCGGCAAGCCUAUCAGGAUGCGCUGGGCCGUACGGGCAAUAACUUGUCCACAUGCAUCCCAGCCGUUGAUGAUUUUCCACUCCUCGGAUAUGCCCCAAAUGUCCUCGUAGGCAAGGCCAAUCUCCUCUGUAAUAGGAGCGAAGAGACGCAUAUCCUUCUUGGUCAUUUUCCUGCGCACCACGUCGAAUUGGAUGGCAUUUUGGUAGAUAUUCGGGUCGCUAAUCACGAACGGCACUUGGACUGUCUUUACCAGGCUUGGGAUGUUGGUGAUUUCGCUGUCAGCCUGUUUGUCCGGCCUGGUGAGCGGUUUGUGCAUUUGCGAAGGCGGUAUUACCACGACAACCUUUCCCGUUCAGGUAGCAGGAAGAGCGUAAGGUCGACUGAGGGCCUUUGGGAACUUGAUAUAGCCCUUACUUGCGAUCUGUCUGGUGCAGAUGAUAGACGCCGCGAUGGCUCGACCCCAGGGGAAUCUCCUUGGUGUUGCUGCGUAGAGCGGCAGAGGCAACGCGCUGUAGCAAUGAUAGGCCUACGGCAGCUAGGGCCACUAGGGGUCAACCAUCUAUCCACGCCGAGAACGCCCAUUUCUUGCCGGGAGGCAACGAGCUCUCGGCUCUUGAGAUAUCUUGCUGCCAUAGAAGCAGUGGAAGAGAGGGACAGAGGCGAAUAUACUGCGAACCAGACAACUCGCAAUCUGACAGAGAAGGUUGUCGAGGCUGGCAUAUCUCACUACUUCGGGCUCACUGCACCUCAAUAUCAAUGCCUGCCGGAUUUGUUGAAGCGGACUGGUUAUCAAACUCCAGUUGAUGACGCAAACACAGCCUUUCAUCUGGCUUUCCGUACGACCUUGGAUCCCUUCUCGUGGUUUGCGCAAAACCCUACCUACCUGGCCGACUUCCACGCGUACCAUGCGCUCCGUCGACAACCAGAUGCGACUUGGCUCUCGGUAUAUCCUGUGGAGACGGAGACUGCUGGAUGGCCUGCUGACCAACCCCUUUAUGUAAAUGUGGGAGGGGGAGUCGGCCAUCAAUGUGCACAAUUCAAGGAGAAACAUCCCAACUUGGAUGGGCGGGUUAUCCUACAAGACUUACCACACUCUGUAGCAGAGGCCCUUCCAACACCCGGCGUUGAGAUUAUGGCGUACAACAUGUUUGAACCACAGCCCGUGAUUGGCGUCAAGUUCUAUCACCUUCUCGCUGUGUUGCACAAUCAUCCGCGUCAUAAGGUGCGGAUGUUGCUUAAGACGAUUAAAGCCGCUAUGAAACCCGAAUCAGUUCUGCUGAUUGAUGAAAUGGUUUUUCUAGAGGAAAAUGUGAACUAUAUGGCGGCAUCAGUUGACAUGACCAUACUUGCGGCGUUUGCUAACAUGGAGCGCACAGAAGCACAGUGGGCGACACUGUUCAAAGAUGUAGGAUUGAGAAUCGUGCGAAUUCUCCUUUGAGUUACGAAAGUGUCAUGGAUGUUCGUCUACCAUAAGCCAUUCUUGAAAGGUAAAAUAAGUUCAAAUGGAAAUCGACUCGUGAAUAAUACUAUGGGGACGUAUCGUUACUAAAAAGCCACUUGAUCUACCUUGGGGUGGUGAUGCAGGAAGAUGUAGGAGAUGGACCUACAUCAACAUACAUCACAUACAUUGGUAUUGUGGAUAUUUGAUGUUGGGGGUAAAAAGACGUUGUAUUAGAAAGAAUUCCAAUACUCUGCUUUUACUUGGGAAAUAUUGUAUAUGCCCUUCCUUAUCAUUGCUCCUUCCCACAGUGCCUACCCAAGUACCUAUGUACAUAUCAGCACGUGACCAACGGUCACGUGUCAUCCAGAGAUAUCUUGUGUUUUUUUAGUUUUAGUUUGUAAUCAAUGAAGCAUCUAUUAUCUCAUACA